UCGAAAAAACACCAUUUCCCUGGAAGAGAGAGAAGAAACAGAGAGAAUCAAGAGGGGGAGGAAGAACAGAACUCAGCCACUCUCAAAUCUCAUCCUCCUCUUUCUCUUUCAUUUUCCAGGAAAAGUUUGCGGAUCUUCGCGAGCUUUAUAAUCAUGGUGUUUUGGGUGUUUGGAUAUGGCUCACUGGUUUGGAAUCCAGGAUUUGAAUUUGAUGAGAAAAUUAUAGGUUAUAUCAAGGAUUAUAAGCGCGUUUUCGAUCUCGCAUGCAUUGAUCACAGAGGUACGCCAGAAAAUCCUGCUAGAACUCUCACGUUGGAACAGGAAGAAGAAGCAAUUUGUUGGGGAGCAGCUUACUGUGUGCGGGGGACUCCUGAAAGGGAAACAACUGCAAUGGAGUAUUUAGAACAUAGAGAAUGUGAAUAUGAUCAAAAGACACUCGUUAACUUCUACAAGGAAGAGAGCUCUCUUGAGCCAGCCCUUACAGGAGUAAUUGUUUUCACAUCGACUCCGGACAAAGAAGUGAACAAAUACUACCUGGGUCCAGCUCCGUUAAACGACAUGGCUAGACAAAUUGCUACUGCUGCUGGGCCUUGUGGAAACAAUAGGGAUUAUAUUUUCAUGUUAGAGAAGGCAUUGUUUAACAUAGGUCACGAGGAGGAAAUGGUGAUCGAGCUCGCUAACGAGGUGAGAAAAGUUCUCGAUCUCCUCGAGAAUGGUAUCUCAAGGGAGAACAAACUGCUCGGAGCAGCGCCCCACGUAGUACUCAAGUCGCACAUAUCGUCCUUAGAACUACAACCGCUUCCAGAAGCCAUAGCCACAGAUUCCUAACUCCAAAAUCCCACAAACCAAGCAAACCAGAGGCUUCCAGUGAUGGUUAACAACAAUUACGACUCAACUUAGAUCCAUUAGUUUCUGACGUUACUAGUAAGGCUUAGCUUUGGAAAUCGUCGGUCAUUUUCGGUUAUUUACGACAGCAGUAGUUCUGUACGUUUCGCAAUCUUGAACUUUGGACAUAGUUUAUUUGUAAGAACCUUAACUGCUCCGAAAAUGGUUAGGAGAAGAAUGACUACUGUCACUUAUUGCAGUA